CAGGCCUGGAUGGUUUGUGUGUGAGCUAUUGUGGUCUUUUUGCUGCUUUUGGGGCAAGUGCAUGAGAAGUUUCUAACCCUCUAGAAUUAGAUGUUGCAGGAUUGUGUGAAGUCCUGCAUUGAACUUGUUCCUUUGUAUUGUUGCAGUGUCACAACAGACCAAGGACUGGUAACAUACUUUAUUGUGGAUUGAUUUUUGACUUUUAUAUUCAUCAGUAAACUAAUUGGGUUGAAAUUGAUUGGCUUUCUAGCUUGCAUUCGCUAUUAGAAAUAAUGCAUGUUAUGUUCUCCAAGCUGCCUGGGCAUAAAAAUAGUUCUGGGUAUCUCAAAAAAUGCAGUAAAGUUGCAGAUACGUUGUAAUGGCUAAUAAACUAUUUCUGCGUCAUUACUGAGGUUUCUACCCUGUAUCCUUUUAUCUGUGUUCACCAGUUUGAAUUUGCCAUCUGAAAGUCACUAAUGGCCACACAGACUUCUCUGUACCCAGAGCAUAAGUGAUGCUGUUUUCUGUCUCCAGCCUGUGCUGCUCCGGAUUCAUGAGUUCUCUGUGUAUUUGCUGACCAAGUAACGAGGAUGAAUUCUCUCUCUCUCUGUCUCCUUAGGCUCCCAAUCACCAUGCUGACAUUUAGCAAGGUGGUGGUCGGGGUGAUUGUGGCAGUUCAAGCUGUGGCUCUUGUCCACUUCUUCCUCCUUGUGCCUCAAAGAAGCAGUUCCCUGCAGCAAGAGAAGCAGUCCCGAGUGCACAUCCUGAUCCUCUCCUCCUGGCGAUCGGGGUCUUCCUUCACUGGCCAGCUCUUCAGCCAGCAUCCUGAUGUCUUCUAUCUGAUGGAGCCUGCCUGGCAUGUGUGGACUACAAUGCAUCAGAAUACUGCCCACAGCUUACACAUGGCAGUGCGUGACCUAGUCAGGUCUGUUUUCCAGUGUGACAUGUCUGUGUUUGAUGCAUACAUGCCUAGGGGGAGGAAAAAGUCUGAUUUAUUUCAGUGGGAGACUAGCCGGGCCCUGUGCUCCCCACCUGCAUGUGAUGUCUUCCAGCACAGUGACAUAAUUGCCAAGUCUCACUGCAGGACUGUCUGUAGCAAAUACCCAUUCAGCACGGUGGAGCAGGCUUGCAGGCUUUAUAGCCAUGUUGUCCUCAAGGAGGUCCGGUUCUUUGACCUGAAGGUUCUCUAUCCACUUCUCAGUGACCCCUCACUGAAUAUCAGAAUCAUCCACCUGGUCCGUGACCCUCGGGCUGUAUUUCUAUCCCGUGAGAAGGUUGCGCCUGAUCUGGUACGUGACAGUGACAUUGUGGUAGGGCCUGAGAACAACCAGGGAGAAAUGGGCCCUUAUAAUGUGAUGCAGGAAAUCUGCAAAAGCCACAUCCAGAUUUAUACAGAAGGCAGCCAGGCUCUCCCCAGCUCUCUCCAGGGCCGCUAUAUGCUGGUGCGCUAUGAAGAUAUUGUCAAAGAUCCCCUGGAAAAGGCUGCAGAGCUCUACAAGUUUGCAGAACUCGGCUUCCUGCCAAAACUGCAGAGGUGGGUGUACAACGUCACCCAUGGGAAAGGGCUGGGGGCAGGGGCCUUUGACAUCGGCUCCAGAAAUGCAGUGAAUGUCUCUCAGGCUUGGAGGAAGUCCCUGCCCUUCCACAAAAUACAAAAGCUGCAACAGGUGUGCAAGGAUGCCAUGGAGCUGCUAGGCUAUCGAUUGCUGGCAUCAGAGGAGGAGCAGAAGGACAUGACACUGGACCUCUUGCUUUCUCAGCAUCCCCCUACCAGGCAGAAACAGGAGCUGAGGACAGAAAAGUCACCCCCAGCUCUGGCCAGCUGAGACCCACAGAAUGCGCAGCUCUGCAACAGGACCGAGUGGGAGGGUGGGUGAGUGGUGCAUGUGUACAUGCAUGUGGAGGGGGUAGCAAAGGACCCUGGGAAAGAGCAGAGUGGCAGGCCCUGUGCCCAUUGCUGAUCUCCUUCCCCACUGUUGAUCUCCUUCCCCACUGUUCACUUUCCACAUGACCCAGUCUAGACCAGUGACUGCAGUUCCCUGGGCAGCCCAGCCCUAUGGAGUAACACAGACCCUUGUUCUCCUGACAGUCUUUGGUUUGGGUGGGACAGAACUCCGAAAAAGUGCAGAUUAGGGUGGACAGAACUCCAAAGGAGCAGGACCAGAUGGCAAAGUAGGAUCCCAACAAAGCCACCAUUAAACAGCAACAGAACUGGAGGCAGGAGCUGUAUUCCUAGAGACUGGGAGGCACGAGCGAAUGUCACUCACAGUGAGCAUCUACUAGCCUCUGUUACCUUAAUGCCAAAGGAGAGAGAAACUGGAUUUGAGGCAAGUUUUGCAGCAGGCAAGAAUUCUUGUGGGUGAUCUCUCUUAUUAGGGCACCUGUGUGGUUGGGACGUUCUGAGGUUGUGGAGCUUUUUGCUGAUCUUUUCUUUUUCUGAUCCGUGCUCUGUACCUGGGUGAUCAGCAUUGGUGGUAAUGUUGCAAAGGAUCUGUGUUCACUUCCCCCCCGGUGUUGUACUGGAAAAGCAACAGAACAGCCCUGGCUGAACUAAUAAAAGAGAACUCAUUUCUC